AUGGCUCGUGAAGGGGACCCUCUUGUUGUUGCAGGUGUGAUAGGGGAUGUUCUUAACCCUUUUACAAGCACUGUUUCUCUUAGAGUUGUCAUCAAUAACAGAGAGAUUAGCAAUGGCUGUCAACUUAGGCCCUCUCAACUUGUUAACCGCCCUAGAGUUGCUGUUGAUGGUGAAGACCUCAGAACCUUCUAUACACUGGUUAUGGUGGAUGCUGAUGCACCUAGCCCUAGUAACCCUAUCUUGAGGGAGUACCUGCACUGGAUGGUGACAGAUAUUCCAGCUACCACAAAUGCAAGCUUUGGGAGAGAGCUUUUGUUUUAUGAGAGCCCGCAACCUUCUGCAGGGAUUCAUCGGCUUGUGUUAGUUUUAUUCAAACAGUUGGGCAGAGACACUGUCUUCGCUCCAGAAUGGCGUCAUAAUUUCAACACAAGAAACUUUGCCGAAAUUAAUAAUCUGGCAACUGUUGCAGCAGUUUAUUUCAACUGUCAAAGAGAGCGUGGUUGUGGUGGAAGGAGAAGAGAAUAA